GCGGGUGCCUGGCUGCCAGUUUCCCUUUCCUGGCGCUUUGGGUUGCCCUCGCCGGCGUGCGCCAAGGCUUCGUCAGGAAGCGGCUCCCCGUGCCGUGCCAGUCACCGGGGAUGGCCGCGGCAGGACCGGACCUGUACGAGAGCCUGCAGAUCCGCUACCCACCCAGCCCCGCUCGAGCGCCGGCGCUUGGGUCCCCUCUGGCCGCAUCCCGCAGGACGCUGGGCACCGUCCUGGCCGUGGGCACGGGGGUGGUCCUGGUGCUGGGGGCUGCCCUGGCAGUCCUCAUCACCCUGCACGUGCAGGGCCAGGCGGAGCUGUGGGCAGCACGGGCAGAGCUGGCGGCAGUCAGGGCCCCUCUGCUGCCUGACCCCGAUGGUCCUUGGAGCCCCAGUGAGAGCCCGGCAGCGGCGCAGAGGCGGAAGGAGCAGCUCGGGCGGUGGCUGCAGGGACUGUCCCUGGGCUGGCGGUACCACCGGGGGAAGAUCUACUACUUCUCGGGGGAGCAGAAGCCCUGGGGCGACGCGGAGGCCGCCUGCCGCUCCACGCGCUCCCACCUCACCUCCGUCACCAGCCCCGAGGAGCAGGACUACCUGGCGCAGGAGACGAGGGGAAAAUCUUUCUGGAUCGGACUGGCGGCCACGGGCCCGGGGGGCUCCUGGCGCUGGGUGGAUGGGGCUGCCUAUUCCCAGGCCCAGAGUUUCUGGGCACCUGGGCAGCCGGACAGCACCGAUUAUGGGCCCUGGGGCCGGGAGAACUGUGCCCAGAUCCACCCCGUGGGCAACGGUCUCUGGAACGACCAUAACUGCAACUUCAGCUUCCCCUGGAUCUGCAAGAGGGACCUGAGCGGGCCCUGAUGCCACGCUGCCGGCUACGCUGCCGGAUCCACCACCGGCCACGCUGCCGGCGUGCUGCCAGCCCCAUGGCACGUGUGCCGGGAUGAGCCCCCCAGGGACCUCUGCUCCUCCCUGAAGCAGGGCAGCUCCCAGGCGAGCGCCCGUGCCACGACGCUGAUGCCGGUGCCAUCCCGGUGCUGCCCCCGCCGCACCGAGACCACUUUGCUCAGCUCUGAUUAAACUGCUCCUGCUGCA